AUGUCGCGUGUUGUUCGAUUAAAUCCAAUUAAACCGGCUGAAAAUUCAGCCAUCGGAGUUUGGCUAGGGACAGGAGAAAACAGGAGCGUGGAUUACAUGAUUGCCAGGCACGGCCGAGUUCUAAUAGCCAAGUCAGUUAGACGAUACGGAAUUAAGCUGGAAAGUACUCGGCGAGUACCGGGACGCUGGUUAUACCGGGCCUAUAGAGCUCUAAACAGCGACAAAAGGAUACCGAGUGGGCGACGAGCAUUGAAUGUACGAGAAAGGAUUGUAUGCCAGCGAACGCUGCUGACGAUGGUAGCGACGUCGUUUCUGUUGCUCUUGCCGUAUACCUACGCGUCGCGUACCUAUGUAUGUGGCCUGCUUUCGCGUACUUAUCCUUUCCACUCGACCAGCCUUGACCUUGCGUACCUCCCAAAAUCAUCGAUGACAAAGGAGAUCCUUUUUGGGAACGAUUCGAAAAAUCAAAGAUGGCAGAAUGAGAAAGUAAGGACACGCGGGGGGUGUAUGUUAGCUAUGGUGGGGUGGUACGUGCAAGGACCGCGAGUAUUGGUAGACACAGAUGCGAAGGGUGGUUGCAGGUUGAUAGUCAAGACUGCCUUCAGAUUCCAGAGUGAAGCAUUGUGUCCCGAACGCGCAUUGUCCUCCCGUCACCGGGAACUCGACAAUGCCGAAAGCACCGUCGAAGAAGUCGAUGGUCAGCGAACAGCGAGGCACUGUCGGAUCGGAAGUGAACGUCCUGGGGACCGGAUACAAACAUUAGGGGUUGGCGGGCGGUCCUCUCGUUGGGACUCAAGUUGCCGAGCAGCCGGACAACGCGUGGUCGCCGGACAAAGCUCUUCUAAUUGUCCCCAUCAACGACGAAGAAUGGACCGCGGGCCUGCCGCUGACAAUUUCAUUUGUAAUUUGCAUAAGGCUUAUUAA